CAUAAAAAAAUAAAAUAAAGUAAACAAAAAAUGAAAACGAAUUAAAUAGGAGGAGACAAAUCUAAGUGCCUCAGCUGCUGGUUCAGAGUUGGAAUUUCUCAUUUAAUAUACAGCGCCUCUUUUAUCUUAACUAGAAAACUCGAGGCGGCGGAAUCUAGAAUCAUGCUCAUUCUCGCCUGGUUGUGCCAGCUGUGGCCUCGAACAUAUGUCUGAUUCAACUACUGUUGGCGCGCGCGGGGGUCUUUUGUGUGUUCCAAUAUUCGAAUUGUUGACGUAAAUCUCAUGGCGUAAUUCUUUAACGUAAUCAUUUAUACAGUGAAAAUUCAAAUGUACAACCGUCGAAUAUUUGCCACUGAAGAUGAUAUAGGAAUGUCAAAACGUGUUUUGUAAAAAGAAAAAUGUUGUUUCCUUUUUGAAAACACGCAAAGCAUUUUUUUCGGUGAUCAACACGCUGCCGCUUAUGUGUGCUUCAAAAUGAUGGCAAAAACAACUGCAAUCAUCGAAGCCUUCAUUCUCGUUAUCAUCUGUGCAGCUUCUAUUUUUGGAAAUAUCACAUUGUUUGUGAUUCUCACAAGGAGAAAGACCCUUCGCACCAUCGCUAAUGGCUUUCUUCUCAACCUUGCCUUCGCUGAUUUGCUCGUGUCCGUGUUAAACAUGCCAGUAACUGUGGUCACCAUUGUCGAGCAGCGCUGGAUAUUUGGAGACAGAGCCUGUAAGCUCUUGGGAUUCACUACAAUGCUGUCGUUUGUUUCAUCCGUAAUGUCACUUGCUAUGAUAGCAAUCAACAGAUAUUUUUACGUGGUGCGGUGGAAAUCGUACCACUCCAUCUUUACACCUAGAAGAUCGGUGCUGUUUGUGGGAAUUGUAUGGUUAAUGUGUGUGUUGUUAUCCAUCCCUCCGCUGUUUGGCUGGGCUGAAUAUCGUUAUAUUCCUGGCAAAUCGUACUGUUUUGUAUCCUGGUCUUCUGACGUGUAUUACAUGUAUUUUAUGUUAACGAUAUGUUUUUUCGGACCUCUAUCUGUAGUAGCUGGCUGUGGUUCCAAGUGUCUAAGAUCUCGUAGAGUAUCUGCUGAAGUACGAUCUUCAGUUCACAGGAGUACCACGCGUACGCAAGAUCCAGAAGUGGUGGAAGUGUCAGGAGAUUUAGUAAAAACAUCUCUUAAGAAAGCUGAUACCUCCAAAUCAAAGUCUGAUUUUCAGGAUUCGGAAAGCACUCGAAUAGCUUAG